UUCGAAAGAGUCUAAAGUUUUUCAUAUGUACUAUGCAACUGGAAGCUCAUCAUUUUCAAGCGAGUAUCUCGAGGAAUUUCAUCAUAUUCAAACAAAAGUCCUGCUUUCACACUUUCCACUCUCAGCCUUUUUCUCAUUCUUUCCAUAAACAAACCUUUUUAUAAUCUUUUUCCUUUUUUAUGAUUAGAUUUCAUUCAUUUUUGUUUCUCUGAAUUUGGUUUAAACUGAAAAUGGAUUAGAACCCAGAAAAGAGAUUCUGAUUGCACUGUAGAAGCAAUUGUUAAGUGUUUGUUUAACUUCUGUGUGGUUGCUCUAAGCGUUGCAUUUGUCAGUCUUGGAUUAUAAGGAAAGAUAUAUAACAAAAUUUGAGAUCCUGGGUUUAAAGUAGUAUGUUAAAGGAAUUAGUCACAUGUUUGGCCUGCGUCUCCAUCCUGAAAAUGAAAAUAACCUUUAGGGCUUAUUUUUUCUCAAGUUGAGUUAUCUGUUUCCUGUUCACAUGGUUCCUGAUUAAAGAAGCCAUUGCUGGAUGUUUGUGGCUCCAGGAUUUGUGGUUGUGGUCCAAUUGAUAUCUUGAAACAGUUUAUUUUGGGUUCAAUAUAAAGAAAGCUAAGCCCUUUUUGUACCGCAAAUCAAAUCCUCUAACUGAAGCCCCGGCGAUUCAUUCAAAAACCAAUCAUGGGUUACGGUAUUUCAAGAUCUGUGAGAUUUGAGGACGAUCUUGAAUUAGCAAAACGCCCUGCAAUCAAUGGAGAUGGUGUGAUAAAGCUCAAGUACAAGAUUGAUGGAAGACAGAUACCCGAGACCAGUAUCAAAAAGGGGGAGAAGGAGGUCUCCAGGAAGGCAGGAAAAUUCUUGAAAACUAGAGUGCUAUCAAGAGUAUUCUCCGAGGAUUUUGAGAGAAUGAAGAGAAGGAUAUUGGAUCCUAGAGGGCCAACAAUUCGAAGAUGGCAUAAUAUCUUUUUAAUAGCAAGCAUAGUUUCUCUGUUUGUAGAUCCUCUGUUUUUUUAUUUGCCAAUAGUAAGAAAUGAUGUGUGUAUAGAAAUUGGAGUACCCCUCGAAGUUAUUCUCACCGUUAUCAGGUCACUAUCUGAUGUCUUUUACAUUAUUCAGAUAUGCAUUAGAUUUCGAACAGCUUAUGUUGCGCCGCCUUCUCGAGUAUUUGGGAGGGGUGAGCUUGUUAUUGAUUCUUCAAAAAUCGCUUUUCGGUACCUCAAAAAGGCCUUCUGGAUCGACUUCAUUGCAGCCCUACCACUUCCUCAGGUGUUGAUUUGGAUUGUUAUCCCCAAUCUUAGGGGCUCAACAAUGACAAACACAAAAAAUGUCCUAAGGUUCAUUAUCAUUUUUCAGUAUCUUCCAAGGCUGUUCCUUAUAUUACCACUUUCACAACAGAUUGUUAAGGCCACUGGAGUUGUGACAGAAACAGCUUGGGCAGGAGCUGCUUAUAAUCUUAUUCUCUACAUGCUGGCUAGCCAUGUUUUAGGAUCUUGUUGGUACCUGCUGUCAAUUGAACGACAAGAAGCAUGCUGGAGAAGCACCUGCAACCAUGAGAAACCAUCUUGUCAAUAUAAAUAUUUUGAUUGCCUCAGGGUUGAAGACGCCGACAGAAAUUCCUGGUUCAAUUCAAGCAAUAUCACCAACCUUUGUGAUCCAAACACUAGCUCCUAUCAGUUUGGCAUAUAUGGUGAUGCAGUCACAUUUGCUGUCACAACAGCACCAUUCUUCAACAAGUACUUUUAUUGUCUCUGGUGGGGCUUGAGAAACCUGAGCUCUUUAGGGCAAACUCUGGCCACAAGCACUUAUGUUGGAGAAAUCAUUUUUUCAAUCAUCAUCGCGACCCUCGGGCUUGUUCUAUUUGGAUUGCUUAUUGGAAAUAUGCAAACUUACCUACAGUCCACAACAGUGAGACUAGAAGAGUGGAGAAUCAGGAGAACUGAUACAGAACAAUGGAUGCGUCACAGACAACUACCUGCAGAGUUAAAGCAAUCUAUCAGAAAAUAUGAUCAAUAUAAAUGGGUAGCCACUAGAGGAGUUGAUGAAGAAGCCCUUCUUAAAAGUCUUCCAAUGGAUCUCAGGAGAGACAUUAAACGUCAUCUCUGUCUUGAUUUAGUCCGACAAGUUCCAUUGUUUGAUCAAAUGGAUGAAAGGAUUCUUGAUGCAAUAUGUGAGAGGCUUAAACCUGCCUUAUGCACUGAAGGCACAUUUCUUGUACGUGAAGGUGACCCUGUCAAUGAGAUGCUAUUUAUAAUCCGAGGCCACCUUGAUUCUUACACCACUAAUGGAGGCCGAACCGGCUUCUUUAACUCAUGCCGCAUCGGCCCAAGUGACUUCUGCGGUGAGGAAUUGUUGACAUGGGCAUUAGACCCCCGCCCGAGUGUCAUUCUCCCUUCAUCAACAAGAACAGUCAAAUCUAUUUCGGAAGUUGAGGCAUUUGCUUUAAGUUCAGAUGACUUGACAUUUGUGGCAUCACAAUUUCGGAGACUACAUAGCAAACAGCUUCGACACAAGUUCAGAUUCUACUCACACCAGUGGAGAGCAUGGGCUGCCUGUUUCAUACAAGCAGCCUGGCGCCGGUUUAAAAAACGAAAGGAUGCAGCUCAACUGAAGGAUAAAGAGAACCUUUCUGUUGAGGCUGCAUGUCCCCCUCCUCCUUCAGGUUUAUCAAUGCAUGCUGCAAGAUUGGCAGGAAGUACUAGAAGGGGCAAUAUGAAAACGCAUUCUGGGUCUGAUUCUGGGGUUGUUAGUCCAUUGCAAAAGCCUGCAGAGCCAGAUUUUUCUGUAGAUGAGGAAUGAGUGGUGUUAAUUAUAGGUAUGGGUAAGCUGUGUCUGUACAUUGUUAUUCUUUAAUUAAACUACAAAUAUCUUCCUUUAAUUAUUAACUUGAUAGUGUGGAAAUGUUGUUACAUAGUAAAGACGUCUUUGUUCAA